UCAAACUGAGUAAUUUACAAACUGUUAUUCAUUCCAAAAUAUUGUAUUCGAUUAAACACUACGAAAAGAAAUGCAGAAUUACGAUCCUGAAAUCGACUCUCCACAGGCAUGGAAAUUAUUGAAGCCCUUUAUGCUCAGCGACGAGACUCUGGUAACCAUCCGCAAUUCAAUGACCGGUGAAUUACUUAAAGGUCUGGCCAGGGAUACCCAUGAACGAUCCUCUGUACCCUGUUUGCUGAGUUAUGUACAACAGUUGCCGACGGGAAACGAGCGAGGUCGUUUCCUUGCUUUAGAGAUGUGGCCCUCUAACUGCCGUAUUAUGCUAGUCAAAUUCAGUUGUGAUAAGGACGUAUACAUGAGCUCCAGGAGUCUCAUUGUGCCACAUACGAUAGCCGCAUCGCGAGGCACUACGCUUUUCAACUUUCUGGCCUACAAUAUUGCGGCGUUUGUCAGAAAAAAAAAGGUUGAGAAGGAUAACCUUCCUAUGGGAAUUGCAUUUGCUUUUGAACUUAGCAAGUUGGCUCUGGACGUAGGAAUUUUGACCCGAUGGACCGAAGAUUUUGGGGCUCAAAGUGCGGUGGGCAAAAACGUGGUUCAGCUGCUGCGCAAUGCUUUGAAUGAGUUCACGGACAUACGCAUAAAUCUAAAUUCAAUUGUCGACAUUUCCAUUGGAUCUCUGAUGGCAAUUAAUUGGUCGUAUCCCCAUUGUAAAAUGGGUAUUAUUGUUGGAUUGCUCACAAAAUCCGCUUAUGUAGAGCAGCUUGAAGCAUGUGAAAUGUAUGAAGGGGAUAGGAACCACCCGUUUAUGAUUAUAAACACUAAUUGGGGAAAAUUUGGUUCCAACGGACAUUUGGACAUUAUACGCAACGAGUUCGACAAGUUAAUCGAUGCGAAUUCUAACAAUCCGGGCAUGAUGUAUUAUGAGAAGUGCAUCAGCACAGUUAACAUAAGUGAACUGGUGCGACUUAUAGUCGUGCGUCUAAUGAAAAUGGGGGUUCUUUUUAAGGAUGCGAGCAUGGAUAAAAUAGGCAUUUCAUGGAACAUGGAAAUGAAGUCAAUUGUGGCUGUCGAAUCGGAUCCGCCGAAUGUUUAUACGGCAGCUCAGAAGGCCAUGGACAAAUUUGGCAUUAAUAACUGUACUGAACAAGACUUGGCAACGUUUCGCUUUAUAUGCGCAACCGUUAGCCUCCGAUCCGCCCAGUUGGUAGCUGUCGGUGUCGCCUGCCUGAUCGAUCGGAUGAGCUACGCGAACAUUUCGAUUGCUGUUGAUGGUGGGGUAUGCCGCUUGUAUCCCACUUUCCUAAAUAACCUUAAUAAGUAUGCUUUAUUGCUGACCAAUCCCCAAAACAAAUUCGAGUUCAUCAUAGCAGAAGAUAGUCCAGGAGUGGGUGCUGCUAUCGUAGCUGCGAUCGAAGCGAAAAGGUUAAAACGAAUAUGAGUCAAUUAUAAUUAUUUAAUUAUAUCAACACAUGGCAUUACAUGAUAUCU